AUGGACAGCCUUGAUACACUUCGCCACAUCAUUCGACAUCAUGCGAUCAUCGAUAAUCAUGCGCAUAACCUGCUGAACCAGGAGUCGGCCAGUGAUCUUGACAGCUACCCACUGGAAGCCAUUACUUCCGAAGCCCACGGCCAAGCCUUGGAAAAUGCCCGAACUACGUUGCCUUUGCUACGAGCUACGAACCAGCUUGCCGAGCUGUAUGGUAGCCCCUGUGAAAACUGGGAUGAUGUCCUGUCAGCCCAUGAUCGUUGGGUCCGAGAGGACUACGACGGAUUGAUCCGCCGAUCAUUGAAAGGAACCCAUGCACUGCUACUUGACGAUCUUCUUGGCGAUGAUGAAGAUAUCGAAAAGUAUGACUGGCAUGAUAGCUUCACUGUGUCAGCCACGAAGCGCAUUGUCCGCAUUGAAGCCGUUGCGGCGGAUUUGAUUCUUCAAUUGGCCAGUAGCGAGCGCAAGGCUGGCGAAACAGUUUGGAACAACUUCCGUCAACGAUUCCAAGAUGCCCUUUCGGAGGCCAUGGAAGAUCCCAACGUCGUUGGCUUCAAGUCGGUUGUGUGUUACCGCACAGGGUUGGACGUGGAUCCUUAUUCAUCCGAUGAUACUACGUUGGCAGGCUCGCUUGUGCGCACUCUUGACUCUGGGACUGUAAGAUCUGGUUUCCGAGUUGAGGACAAGCCAUUGAAUGACUGGCUUGUUCAGCAGACAUUGAAAGCCAUCUCUUUCAAGAAAAUGGCUGGUGUCGUGAAACCGUUGCAAUUUCACACUGGUCUGGGUGAUAACGAUAUCAACCUGGUGCGAGCUAAUCCGGCAUAUUUGCAACCGUUGAUUGCCCAGUAUUCCAAGGCAGAUAUAAUUUUACUGCACUCGGCAUAUCCUUAUACUCGGGAAGCAGGUUACCUGGCCAGUGUGUACCCCAAUGUCUAUCUAGACCUUGGCGAGGUAUUUCCCAUGGUCAGCCGAGACGCCCAGGAAACUAUCUUGCGACAAAGCUUUGAGCUCACGCCUGCCAACCGUCUUCUUUGGAGUACAGACGGACACUAUCACCCCGAGACGUUCUGGCUGGCUAACCGUCAGUUCCGCCAGGCCCUUGAGAUAUUGAUCCUUCUACUCUUUCCGACGAUCAACGCUCGGUCGGCACUUGGUGUCACGACUCCGCUGCCCAAGUCCCUCCCCAGCCUCGAGGUGCUUGAGAGCGACGAGCCUCUUAAGGCUCCGCUGGGAACAGAGCUUGUUAGGAACUAUAGUGUUGUUAAACGGGCCGAGUCGGGCCGUUUCGUGUCCAUGUCGGAAGAAGCAUGCCAAAUGUGGCUUCUCAAGCGAUACUAA